UCUACCAGACCCACAUAAAAAAGUAGAAAGCGUGUUCACUACCUCUCUCUGUUUUUUCUUUUGGUGGGUUUUUGGUUGGAUUGGUUCUUGUGGUUGUUUUCUUGCCAAUUCUCUGGCUUUGUGAUUUGUUAAUUUGUUGUUCUGCUGAGCUAUUGUUCGAGUUGGUGUGUUUCACUUUCAUUGAUCUCGAGUUUGUUUUGCUGGAUCAUUUUCUCUUUACGUAUUUACUGAGUGUUUGCAGAACCAGAUUUCCAGGAACUGUUUUUCUCCCAUGGCCUUGAGCACCCAAAGAGCUUCUACAUCUCUUACUUCAGCUGAAUGGGCUCCUUCUCGAUGGAAACAUGAUGUUUUUCUGAGUUUCAGGGGCGAAGACACUCGCAGGGGUUUUAUCUCUCAUUUAGACCGUGCAUUGGCCUACUGGCAAGCAAUGAGAACUUUCAAGGACGAUCGAGAACUUGAAGUAGGAGCAACUAUUACUCUGGAGCUGUUGACCGCAAUCAAAGAAUCGUAUCUUGCCAUCAUUGUUCUCUCCCCAAAUUACGCUUCUUCCACUUGGUGCUUGAAUGAACUCUCAGAGAUUCUUGAAUGCAUGGAAGACACCAAGAGAAUUCUGCCAAUCUUUUAUGACGUGGAUCCUUCCGAUGUACGAAACCAAAAGGGGAGUUUUGCGGAAGCUUUCACUAAGCAUGAAGAAAGGUUUAGUGGAGAUGCAGAGAAGCUGAAUCGGUGGAGAGCCGCUUUAAGAAAAGUUGCCAAUCUCACUGGCUUAGAUUCAAAAAGUUAUAAGUCAGAAGCAGAGCUUGUCGAUGACAUUGUCAAACGUGUGUGGAAGAAAGUGAAUCCUACAGUCACGUUGUUAGAUUCUCAAGAGAAGUUAGUCGGAAUUGAUUCUGCACUUGAUCAACUACACUUGCAUUUAGCUCCCGAAGAAAAUGAUGUCCGCUUUAUAGGGAUAUGGGGGAUUGGCGGGGUAGGCAAAACAACCCUUGCUAACCUAGUUUAUGAGAGAAUUUCCCAUCAUUUCGAGCAUUGCUGUUUUCUACAUAAUGUGAGAAAGAAGGAGCUUUCUGAUCUACAAAGACAACUUCUUUCCCCACUUUUGAAGGGAAAUCAUAUUUGGGAUGAAAGGGAGGGAACCGUUUUCAUUAAUAAAGUUUUAAGGAAUAAAAAGGUUCUCCUCGUACUUGAUGAUGUGGAUCAAUUACACCAACUAGAAGUACUGGCUAGAGAUAAAAUUUUGUUUGGUGUAGGGAGAGGACCCAUCACCUUGGAUGGUUUUGCUCAUGCUCUUUCACAGCUUCCCAUACCAACAAGCUUUGAUCGUCAAAAACACCAGUUUAAUGACUCUGCCUCUUCUUCCAUACCCUCCUUCCUCCAUCAUCAGUUUCUGCUGUGACCAACCAAGCAAUGGUGCCAGUUGA